GUUGCGGGUUCGGGGCGCAUCGUGCUACUGCUCGACUUGCCGAAUAGGCUGCUACGAUGACUGCAUGGUAGCGAAGGUGUACCCCGACUUGGUUGGCGAGGCGAUGGAGAAGUCGGGAAAAGAGAAGGUUGGGAGACGCACGCUUGGGACUCAAUUGACCGGCGUUAUUCUUCCGGUCAUAUCUUCGGACGAGUCCCCAGUGGCGCCUACGCUUGACGAGAGCAUGGGGGAGGUGGGUGGGGGAGGGGAGAAGGAAGAUGAGGGAGAGGAGGAGGACGAUGAGGGGGAGGAGGAGGAGGAGGAGGAGGGGGAGGAGGAGGGGGAGCGGGAGGAAGCGCAAUACGUAAGCUCAAGAGGUCGCGUGGACCGAGCGAGACACGAGACCGUAGCGGUCGUCAAGGCGGCUGCGAAGAAGGCACGAGAGGACGAUGUAUCGUUCGGCACGUUCAACGUACGCACGCUCGCCUACAGCGGUAGGAACCCCAUCGGUCACAACGUGAUGACGGUCAUGCAGAUUUGUUCCACGAACGGCUGUGAUGUGAUAGGACUUCAGGAGACCCGACGAGAGGGGCAAGGUUCAAUUGCACACGACGGGUACGUGGUCAUCUGGAGUGGCGCCCGUGCUGGCACCAAGGACAAGAGGGGCGUACACGGUGUGGGCAUAGCGAUCAAGGAGGCCAUGUGGGACAGUGCGGGCGAGGAAGGUAGGACGGUGGAGUGCAUUAGCCCGAGGCUGAUGAAGGUGCGUCUACAAAUUGGCCGCACCUGCGGAGUAACUUUCGUGGUGGGGUACGCCCCCCGAACUGUCCGCACCACCGCGGGCGGUGAUGUUAACGCCAAGGACUCCCUCUGGACUGCUCUCGACGCAGCGAUCCGGGAGGUUCAUAGCCGUGACCAUCUCGUGGUGCUAAUGGACGCCAACGCACACACUGGUGGGAGGCGAGACGGGUGCUGCGAUGCCAAGAUUAUGGGCGCGUACGGACGCGACAUCAUGAACAACAACGGGGAACGAUUCCUAGGACUGGCAUUAGGCAACCAACUCUCCCUGACCAACACCUACUUCCGGACACCGAAAGGUGGAGUGCAGCACACAUUCCAGAGCUCCAACAAGGGGAAGGAGAAGUACGGCCUCGACUUCAUCCUCAUGCGUCAGACGGACCGGCGUUUCGUGCAGAGGCUGGUACACGAGCGCAGCGCAGCACGAGAUUCCGAAGCGUCUAAGGAGAAGCAGCAACUGCGUGGGGUCUCAAAGACCAGCGCCUUCGAGGCGACCCUGAAGGCGAUGUUCAAGGCGGCGCGGAAGAAGCGCAGCAUCGCGAGGUGGAGAGCACUGGAAACGUUCUUCGAGGGCUAUGUACGGCAGCUCGAGAAGAAGAGCCGCGAGGGGGAUCAGGCGGGUUUCUACAGGCACCUGAAGAUGAUCGACGUCGAAGGUAAGAGGUCGUUCACCUCUCAGAACAUCAAGGACGAGGACGGCAAGGUCCUUCGGGACCCCACGUUUAUUCGCCAACGGUGGGCACGGUGGUUCCACAAGCUUCUCAACACCAAGUCGCCGAGGAUCGACCUGCAUGCGGCUGACAAGGUCAAGCGGUGGCCCACGUGCGUGCCACUCGACGACAUCCCAUCUCUACUUGAGGUUGAGGAAGCGGUACGGGAAAUGGCCAACAGAAAGGCCGUCGGGCCGGACGACCUACCGGCUGAGCUGAUCAAGCUUUUCCUGGACGGAGAUCAAGGUCUCCUCCGCGAGUUCCACGCCAUUGUCGUGGACGUGUGGCAGACUGGGGACGUACCACAGCAGUGGAAGGAUGCCACCAUCAAAGUGCUGUUCAAGAAGGGGGACACGAUGGAGUGCGGCAACUACCGGGGCAUCUCUCUCGUCGCAUACGCCGGCAAGAGCGGUUUCCGCCCACACCGGUCGACGCUCGACAUGCUGUUCGCCAUCCAGCGGCUCCAUGAGCUCGCGAGGAAGAAGAGUACUGCGGUGUUCGCGUGCUUCGUCGACCUCACCAAGGCAUACGAUUCGGUGGACCGAGACCUACUGUGGGACGUGCUCCGACGCUUCGGCGUGCCCCCGAAGAUGCUGGCGGUCAUUCGCCACUUCCACGAGGGCAUGAGGGCGCGCGUCCGAACGGACGACGGGCAGUACUCGGAAUGGUUCGACGUGGGCCAAGGCCUCCGACAGGGGUGCAACCUGGCCCCGCUGCUGUUCAAGUUGUUCUUUGCCGCGAUGCCCAGGGUCGCCGUGGCCGAGUUCGACAAGGAUCCCGAGGUGACGGCGGACAUGGUCAAGAUCGGGACACAAGUGGAGUACACGGGCAAGAAGGGCAGGUCGGCGGGGAAGAAGACGACGGUGGUGACGGACGCGGAGGCCUUGUGGGCCAUGCUCUACGCUGACGACGCGGCCAUCGUCUCGCGCUCGCCGGAGAGUCUCGAGAAGAUGAUGUCGGUCAUCGUGCGCGUGGCCGGCCUGUUCGGACUGAUGCUAUG